UCUCUAGAUAAGUAUAUAAAAACUCGUAUACACAAUUAUAGAUUGUCUAUAGUAUUAGAUAGCUUCGAACUAGCUUGAUAAGUGCUGCAAUACAAUUAAAAAAUGUCAGCUAUAGUAAACGUACGUCAGGGAAAAUUGAAGGGUUCUUUGUGCGAAAGUGUUUUAGGAACAUCUUAUUUUAGUUUCAAAGGAAUACCUUUUGCCGCUCCUCCUCUUGGUCCAUUAAGAUUCAAGGAUCCAGAACCUCCUGCUUCAUGGACCGGUUUCAGAGAUGCUGGAAAUAUCGAGGUGAAUUGUUGUGUACAGCUGAAUGAAAUGUCGCCAAGCGAUAUUAUCGGUAGCGAAGAUUCUCUUUAUCUCAACGUUUACACGACUUCAAUGACUGGAAAUAAAGCUGUUAUAGUUUUUAUCCAUGGAGGUGGAUUUGUUCAGGGUUCUGGCACUGAUAAAUUUAAAAGACCAGACUAUUUUAUGAACAAGGACAUUGUUUUCGUGACUAUCAAUUAUAGAUUAGGAGUUUUAGGAUUUUUGAAUUUGGAUGACGAGGUCGCAGCUGGUAAUCAAGGUUUAAAAGAUCAAGUGGCAGCUUUAAAGUGGAUCCAAGAAAAUAUCUCCCAUUUCGGAGGAAAUGCUAAGAAUGUAACGAUAUUUGGAAAUAGCGCUGGUGCAGCAUGCGUUCAUUUAUUAACAAUAUCACCUAUGGCAAAAGGUCUUUUUCACAAGGCUAUAUGUGCAAGCGGAGUAGCGACAUGUCCUUGGAGCUUAGAAUUGAGUAAACCAGAAAAUUGCUUUAAACUUGCAUCAAUCCUUGGUUUCAAAGAUUCGAAAGAUCCUAAAGAAGUUGUUGAAUUUCUUCGAACGGUUCCAGCUGCGCAACUUAUAAAGGCUCAGUUCCAAAUAACUACAAUGGAGAAUGUCGAGAAUUUACCGACCGGACCUGUUAUGGAUGCCAAAUCAAAAAAUCCAUUUCUCCCUCGUCCGUUAAACGAACUCUUGAAAAACGAUGCUGAUAUACCGAUUAUGAUCGGAUAUACGAAUAAUGAAUUUAUAAUGUUCUUAAAAAAUGAUAGUGACGAGGGUUUAAAAAAAACAGACCAAAAACUGAAUUAUUAUAUUGAACAAUUAGCAAUCUCAAAGGAGCCAGAGAAAAUUGAUCGAUUAGUAAAAGAUGUGAGAAAUUAUUACUUUGGAAACGAUAAACCAAUAAUCAAGGAAGCUAUUCCAUCUUUGAUAAGUUUUAUGAGCGAUAUAUUUUUUUGUCAUCCAACCAAUAACAUAGUUGAUGAUCGAAGAAAGAGAAAUUGUGCACCGACAUAUUUAUAUAAAUUUUCUUAUGUUGGGAAUGAAACGACAAUUACUCAACUUUUAAGAGAAAGUAAAAUACAGUCGGAAAACCUAUGUUACUAUCCAAAGGGAGCUUCUCACACCGACGAGUUAUCUUAUCUCUUUUAUUUACCACUUUGCAAAGCUAAAAAUCCUUUACCUCCAGCAAAAGGAACUAAAGAUAGGGCUAUGAUCGAGCGACUUACGUAUUUGUGGACUAAUUUUGCCAAAACUGGGAAUCCAACGUCAUCUUUGAAUGAAUACGUUAAUACUACCUGGACACCUGUAAGUAACGAUACUCUUACAUAUUUGGAACUAAAAGAUUUUAUAAAUUGUCCAUUCAAAGAUGAGUUAGCAGAAAUGAUUAAAAGAAACGCUUAAAAAAUGAACAAUAAUUUAAUGAUAUGGGAUAUGGUAAUAAAAUGUUAAUAUAAUAUUAUUAUUAAUCAUCUCUCGUUUACGAAUAUAUUAUAUUAUAGAUUAAUAGAUAUUUGCAAGCGAUUUUCUUAUAUUUCUCUUUAUCUUUACGCGAUUUGUUAUCCAUAUCGUUCGAUAUACAUCGAUCAUUUAUUGAUUCUUUACGAAGAAAUUGGAAAAAAAAUAUUUUUUAACACAGUCAAUGCUUUUUCGGCUAAGUUUUCGGAUGAAAAUAUAAAAAGAAAUAAUUUGAUCUCACUAAGGAAUAUAAAUCCGUUCGAGAAAUUUAGAAUAAUUCGAUUCAUUGCGAUGAUAGAAAAUUGUUGUUAAAAAAUUGUUGAUUCGUCGGUUAUCACGAUAUAGAUAUAGAUCACGUUUUAUAAUUAACACUAUGCCGUCCGCACGUCGAAUUUAGAUUUUUUUGUGUCGCGCCGGUAGAACUGACACAUCAUUUGCACUUACACAUUUGCAUGGCACCAACAUGGAGCCAUCGGGACGUCAUAGAGUUAAAAUAUUUAAAAGCAAAGAUUUAUUUGAAAAAAGAAUAAAUUCGUAGGAGCACGUCUUACCGUUAGACUGCCUUCGGCAAGAUUGCGAACGAAAAUAACUUUGGUAAACAAUUGUCGUCGACCGUUGUCAAAAUAAAAAUACGAUUAUUCCUACUUUUAUCCU